AAGGAUGAGGUAGCGCGUCCAAUGUUAGCGUCACUUUUGCUAGUGGGGCUUUCUUCUGUUCAUACCACCAACUCGGAUGUCUACGAACAUCAAUUCCCCAAGUGGUAGCAGUCACAUGGACGACCACGACAACCAAGAGCUCUCCACGACGCCCACUCCAGCUAGUCACCUCAACCGCAGUCGGAGCCAUAGUUCGCAUUGGUCGCCCAUUGAGACACCAACGCAUCAUCAUAUAGGGACAUCCUACUUUCCUUCCUCGUCACCGACACCACGGGCACCGUAUCCCCAGUCAUCCAUAAGCCGUAGUCUAUCCAACAGUCGCGCUCGUAGCACUAGCAUAGGCAGUUCCCAUGGUGCUCGCCGUCCAACUCGGGACAAUGAAGGCAUGCUCAGCGAAGACGAAGAGGAUGGCUACGAAGACCACGUUAAUGACAGAGGUGUUUUGGGCAGCAGAAACCGUGGCAAAGGCAUUGCACCCUUACAAGACCGGGAAGAAGGGGAAGAAGAAGAAGGGGACAGCGAGGAACGAGAGACUGGUUCUGAACACGACGACACAGGCAGUAGAGAUGACGACGAUCCCAUUACAGUCAAAGAUCGUCAGUCGCUCAUAAAUGUUCAGCAUCCGUUUGGUCUGCGCAUCUGGAAACCUGCAUUGUACAAGAAGUCGCGCUCUGUUACUCGCCAUGCGGAUGCUGCGCUGCACUCCGUCCCUUCUGCUCAAGCAGAGCGUCACCUCCUCCCGGGAAAUAUUUUCUGGGUUGUCUGCUUUGGCUGGUGGCUUGCGCUCGCCUGCUUUGUUGUUUCUGCUGUGCUGUCUCUCGUUCCACUUGGGGGCAGACGCUACGCCGUGCUCAUGUUCGGUUUGGGCUGGUACGUUGCAUGGCCAUUUGGCAAGUAUGUUAAAGGGGACGCUGAGGACGAGGAUGAAGAAAGCAUACUCCCCCCGGAGGAUGUUGAACCUUGUGGUAGCGCUAGUACCAUCAAUGGCAACACGUCCUUCUCUCGUACGCCCACCAUCACCCCCAACACCACCAGCGAACGAACUCUCCUCCGCCCUCCAGCUCCCUGCAAAUCCUACGGGGCUGCCCCAAGCCCGACCGACCGCACGCCGUAUGAAAAUAUUUCCAUUGACUGGUUGGGCAGGGCCGUCUUCUGGAUCCUGUUCAUAACGCUCAUCGCUCCACUCCUUCUCCUCACUUGUAUUGCCUGCUGGGCACUUAUAAUCACUGUCCCAAUGGCUAAGCUCAACUGGGCUCUCAUCAAAUUCAUCUUCGCAUCUCCUACCCGUAUACGCUUCUGCGCUGCGCCCCUCGUUCCCCCAAGUGCAACCAAGACACCCCGCCUCGCGGCUGGUCAGGCUGUCCCCUCUAUGUCUGGCCAGAAGAGCACCGUACUUUUGUGUGUUUAUCGGGCUGUCGGAUGGAAAUACUACAAAUACACUGUCGGAGGUGUUAACAUCAUUUUUGUCAACCUCCUUCCGCUCGUCUUCUUCGUUAUCCUCGAUGGAUUGGUGCUCAUGCCUUUCGCAGAGGAUCUAGAGAAAGCAGGCGAGCAUGUCCCUCGCAUCCUCGCCCUCGUUACCUCGCAGGCACUCAUCUUCCUCAUGAGCCUUGCGAGCGUCAUUCCCCUCUCUUACUUCAUAGGUAUGGCUGUAGCGAGCAUCAGCGCCCAAAGCUCGAUCGGUAUGGGCGCCGUUAUCAAUGCUACAUUCGGAAGCGUCAUCGAAGUCAUCCUCUAUUCUAUCGCGUUGACCCAAGGCAAGGGGCGCCUUGUUGAAGGGUCUAUCGUGGGAUCUUUGUUGGCGGGCGUACUGUUGAUGCCCGGUAUGAGCAUGUGUGCGGGAGCGCUAAAGAAGAAAGAGAUGAAGUUCAAUGCCAAGAGCGCAGGCGUAACGAGCAUGAUGUUAAUCAUGGCGUUUAUUGGAACGCUAACACCGACGUUGUUCUAUCAGACAUAUGGGAAUUUCCAGCUAAUCUGUAGCGGAUGUCCUGACGACUCCACCCGUGGCUCGACCGAGUGGAGAUGUGACCAGUGUUAUUACCAGCACCCCGACCCUGUUGAAGAUCCAUUCUAUCAGUCUACUGUGAAGAGCCUCAUGUACUUCUGCGCUGCGAUUUUACUGUUUUCGUAUUUGAUAGGCCUGUGGUUUUCUCUCCGCACACAUGCGACUCAGAUAUGGCAGAACCCGCAACCGCUCCUGCAGCCCCUCGAGCUUCCGACCACACAACCAUCUCGUCUCUCGCUUUACAAUCAUCCACGGCCUCACUCUGUUGCAACCACAGCGCAAUCUCCACCACAAUCGCAGGCUCCGCCGACCAUUCGCGAGCCACGUCCUCGUCCUGAGUCCCGUGACCGGACACGAGCAGAGGAUGAUCCUCGGUUUCAGACCCCGGCCCCACGCCCUACCACGGCAAUGACAGCGAAUACGAUGUCUCCCAUUUCCCCUUCGCUGGCCCGGCGUGUCUCCUAUGCCCCUGCUCCCCAGAAUGCCCAAUCUCAAGCACAAUACACACCCCUUCUUGAGUCUGUUGAUCACGCUAUCAAGUCUACCGGUGCCCUCCCCCUGCCCUCUACUAUGUCCAGCGACGAUUUCACGCGUGCCGUAGCAGUCGCGACCGUCAGUGCCCUCCGGCACCAGCAUGCGCAUACUCGGGCGGCCCGUGCGAGCGUGGCUGAGGAAGAACAUGCAGCAGCACAUGGGCACGAGGCACCAGAGUGGAGCCGUACGACAAGUGCGGGGGUGUUGCUAGGGUGUACAGCUUUGUAUGCCCUCAUCGCUGAACUCCUUGUGGAGGUUGUGGAUGUCGUGCUGCAAGACUCCGGGAUUGAGGAAAAGUUCUUGGGUAUCACUUUGUUCGCCCUCGUGCCCAAUACCACGGAAUUCAUGAAUGCUAUCUCGUUUGCUCUGAACGGAAAUAUCUCAUUAAGCGUUGAGAUUGGCUCUGCCUAUGCCCUGCAGGUCUGUCUGCUCCAGAUUCCAGCCAUGGUUGCAUUCUCCGCAUGGUAUGCGCCUGACAAAAUGGGCGAGGUCGCAAACGCGUUUACGCUCGUAUUCCCGCGGUGGGAUGUCAUCGCGAUCAUCCUGUCCGUCUUUCUGAUGACCUACACCUAUAUCGAGGCCAAGAGUAACUACCAUCGUGGAAGUAUUCUCAUUUUGAGCUAUGUUGUCCUUGUUUCUGGAUUCUAUUUUGCCCCACGCAACUCUAAUGAUCAGGAGGACAUGGUUGUGCGUGGAGAUGUGGGGACUCUUUCUAUCUUCUCACAGCUGUACGCGGUCCUCUGGUCGUAGGACGAGUACAUCCGUAUGGCUACCUACUCAGUUUCCUGGUCUCACUUACCAUCCGUUCAUUUGAUAAACAUCGCUGCUAGUAGUCGCAGCUGAUUCUUAUCCUCAUACAGGA